AUGUCGCUCUGCAUCUGUAAAUUGUAAUCUCAUUGCUCCUCCUCCUCCGCCUCCUCGAUCUUCUAUUGUUCUGCCCAUAUCCAUCCAUCAAUCUCAUAUUAAUAUAGAGAGAAACAUAAAAUUGAUGGUGGGAGGAUCAUCACCAGUUUUAGGCUUUGCCUUUUAUGCUGCUUGCAUCUUUGGCCAGCUGCUUCACCUUGCUCAAGCUCAAAAUGGAACCAGCGCUGUUACAGAUCCUGCUGAAGUAAGGACUUUGAAUUCCAUAUUUCAAGGAUGGGGAAUCAAAGCAGCAUCAGGGCAAUGGAAUAUAAGUGGGGAACCAUGCAGCGGAGCAGCCAUCGGCUCUGCCACCAUCGAUAGCAAUGAUUACAACCCCUUUAUCAAAUGCGUCUGUACAUACGACAAUAACGCUACUUGCCACAUUACCGAACUGAAGGUUUAUGCAUUGAGUGUUGUCGGUGUAAUCCCAGAAGAGCUAUGGACUCUAAAUUUCCUCACCAAUCUGAUUUUGUCCCAAAAUUACUUGACAGGUAACCUGUCUGCUUCCAUCAGCAAUCUAACUCGCUUGCAAUACCUGACUCUUGGCAUUAAUGCAUUAUCAGGGGAGCUUCCAAAGGAACUUGGAAACCUUACCGAAUUAAAAUCAUUGUCAUUUUCAUCAAACAACUUCUCGGGCUCUCUGCCAUCUGAGCUUGGGAAUUUAGUGAAUUUAGAACAAAUCUACAUUAUUAGUUCUGGAGUUAGUGGUGAGAUUCCUUCCACAUUUGCUGACUUACGAAACCUCCAAACAAUGUGGGCAUCAGACACUGAACUCACAGGCAGGAUACCCGACUUCAUAGGGAAUUGGUCAAAGCUUAGUGACUUGAGGCUUCAAGGGAACUCUUUCCAAGGUCCCAUACCCUCAACAUUUUCCAAUUUGACUUCUCUGUCACAGUUGAGAAUAGGUGAUUUAUCUAAUGGGAGCUCUUCGCUGGCAUUCAUAAAGAAUAUGAAAUCUCUAAGUUUAUUAGUGCUGAGGAACAGUAACAUUUCUGAUUCAAUUCCAUCCAAUAUAGGAGAAUACCAAAAAUUGACACAGCUGGAUUUGAGCUUCAACAAUAUAACAGGGCAGAUUCCAGACUCCCUUUUCAAUUUGAGUUCGCUCUCUUACUUGUUUCUUGGAAAUAAUAAGUUAAACGGCACCCUGCCUGCACAAAAAAGUGCGAAUCUUCUCAACAUUGAUUUGUCGUACAAUAACUUGGUGGGAAGCUUUCCUUCUUGGAUCAGUGAAGAAAAUUUACAACUCAAUGUAGUUUCCAACAACUUCACGAUAGAAAGUUCAAACAGCAGUGCUUUGCCUUCAGGAUUGAACUGCCUACAACGGGGCUUUCCUUGCAAUCGAGGCUCCUAUUAUAACUUUAGCAUUAAGUGUGGUGGUCCUGAGAUUACAUCUUCUAGUGGUAUUGUCUAUGAGAGGGAUAACGAGACACUUGGUCCAGCCACAUAUUAUGUGAGCAACACAACCAGGUGGGCUGUUAGCAAUGUUGGAUAUUUCAGUGGGAGCAAUGAUCCCCAGUACACAAGGACUUUGUUAUCUCAAUUCCCAAGUAUAGACUCAGAGCUGUUCCAGACAGCUAGACUCUCUGCUUCAUCAUUAAGGUACUAUGGCUUGGGGCUUCAGAACGGGAACUACACUGUAAGGCUCCAGUUUGUAGAAACAGAUUUUCCAGAUACAUCCACCUGGCAAAGUCAUGGGAGGCGUAUCUUUGAUAUUUAUAUGCAGGGGAAUCGUUUAUUAAAGGAUUUUGACAUACGAAAGGAGGCUGGUGGAGUCUCUUUGCAACCCGUUCAGAAGGAAUUUCAGGUCCAGGUAUCAGAAAACUACCUUGAAAUCCAUCUCUUUUGGGCUGGAAAAGGAACCUGCUGCAUACCUCGUCAAGGUACUUAUGGACCUUCUAUUUCAGCCAUCAGUGCUACCCCAGACUUUACACCCACAGGUGAUAACAAACUUCCAAGCAGCAAGAAGAAUAAUAGGACUGGUCUGAUCGUAGGUGUCGUUAUUGGUGCUGGAGUUUUAAGCUUUCUGUCUGCUUUUGUGGUUUUCUAUAUUGUUCGAAGAAGAAAACAGCUUCCAACCAGUGAUGAUGCGGAGCUCUUGGGAAUAGAUGCUAAAACAUUCACUUUCACCUACGCUGAACUAAAGACAGCUACAGAAGAAUUUAGUCCUGCUAACAAGCUUGGAGAGGGAGGAUUUGGACCUGUCUUUAAGGGAACACUUCUUGACGGGAGAGUAAUUGCUGUGAAGCAACUAUCUGUAGUAUCACACCAAGGAAAGAACCAGUUCAUAACUGAGAUUGCUACUAUAUCUGCUGUGCAACACCGCAACCUUGUGAAAUUGUACGGAUGUUGCAUUGAGGGAGAUCAACGACUACUUGUUUAUGAGUUUCUAGAGAAUAGAAGUCUUGAUCAAGCGUUAUUUGGUAAAAGAAGUUUGAAUCUCGACUGGUCAACACGUUUUGAUAUAUGCUUGGGUGUAGCAAGAGGUUUAGCAUAUCUUCAUGAGGAGUCACGACUUCGAAUUGUGCACAGAGAUGUGAAGGCCAGUAAUAUCCUGCUUGACUCUGAUCUCAUCCCCAAAAUAUCAGACUUUGGCUUGGCCAAGCUUUACGAUGAUAAAAAGACCCACAUAAGCACCCGUGUUGCAGGAACUAUUGGGUAUCUUGCACCGGAGUACGCCAUGCGUGGGCACCUUACGGAGAAGGCUGAUGUGUUUGCCUUUGGUGUUGUGGCUCUAGAGAUUGUUAGCGGGAGGCCAAAUGCUGACUCAAGCUUGGAAGAAGAGAAAGUAUAUCUUCUUGAAUGGGCUUGGCAUUUACAUGAAAGCAAUUGUGAAGUCGGUCUUAUAGACUCAACAUUAUCAAAGUUCAAUGAGGAAGAAGUAAAGCGCAUGAUAGGAGUAUCUCUUUUGUGCACACAAGCAUCCCCAACGUUACGGCCAUCAAUGUCGCGUGUGGUGGCAAUGCUUUCGGGAGAUAUUGAAGUGAGCUCUGUAACUUCAAGGCCUGGAUAUUUGACUGACUGGAAAUUUGAUGAUGAAAGCAGCUUAUUGAGUGAUGUUGCAAUCCAUGCUAGCAAUUUCAACUCAUUAGCAAGUACAAGCAUAAUGGGUGAUGCAGAGAUUUCACCAGCAAAUGUUUCUAAAACCAUGCUCGAUGAGAUCAUCAAAGAGGGUAGGUGAGAAUCGAUUUUUUUUUUUUUUUUUUUUUUUUUUUCCUUCGGGUAAAUUUACAAACGUUGUAUUCUUCAAUUCCAGGCAUAAUAUGUGAUCAUGCAAUUUUAGAUCUACUUGAUUGUAAAUUAAUUUUUCAUUUUAUUUUUUCCUGAGGUAUUGGCACCCUCCUUGCAUGUUAGUAUAGACUAUAGAGGUGCAGACAUUAAGGCACUAAUUCAGGAAUGCCUUCACACUGAGGUGGAAACUACAAGUUUGUCUUAUAAGCCCCCUUUACUGUCAGGAAAUUCUUUAACAAAUUGUUUAGAUGGAGUGAUUUGGAAUGGGUGGAACAAACAGAGUAGGGCUCCAUUUCUGUCCCCUGAA